AUGAAUAUAAGAAACGAAAUAAAUUCAUCUUCAUCAUCAGCAUCAAGAUCAUUGUUAGAAUCAAAAGUUGAUAGACUCAUAGUACAACUAAAUGAUAUAGAAAAUUCAUUUCAUGAAGAUAAUAGAUUAUUACAAAAUUUAGUAAAACAUCAAAAUAAUAAGAUUGAUAAUUUAACUAAUUUAUUACAUACUUUAAUUAAUGGUACCAGUUCAAGUUCAAAUUCAAGUUCAAAAAAGAGAAAAAAUAAUAACCAUAAUCAAUUGAAUGAUAGACUAAUUGCUCAACAAGAUACAUUAACAAAUUCACCACCAACUCUUAAUGAAAAUGAAGAUGUUCAAGAAGUUGUUGGAGAUGAUGAAGUUUUAAAUUCUAUACAUGUUUUACAAAGUGGUGGAGGAGGAGGUGUUAAUGUAAGUGAUUUACAAAGUUCAAACUUACAACAAUUGAAUCAUUUACAACAUCAACAUCAAUCCCUUUUGGAUCAAAGAAGAACUCAUUUACAUCAUCAAUUACACGCUCCUCACUUGUCUGUUGACAAUAAUAUGGACCCUGCAUUACAUAGAGUCACCAAUACCGAUCAACAACAGCAACAACAACAACAACAACAACAAGGUCAAGAAAAUUCCUCACAAAAUAAAAAACGUAAAAAAACUGGACAAUAUACAAGAGAAAGAGUAGGUAUACCAGAUCGUAAAAUUAAAAUUGAAUUUUUACAAAAUCCAAGUACAGUAAGAGAAAUUUAUCAAGAAUUUUAUCAUGGAUAUAAAAAUCAAGAACCUUUAUGUGUAUUAGAUUCAAAAUAUGGUAAACAUGAUUGGAGAGGUGAUUCAAGAUCAAAAGAAAGUAAAAGAUAUCAAAGAAGAAAAAGAUUAUGUGAUGCUAUAAAAAAGGGAGCUUAUAAAUAUAAUAAAACUGAUGAUGAAAUGAUUGAAUAUCUAGAAACUUUUAGAAAACAAAAAUCUUUGACUUGGAUUAUGAAUGGUAAUUUACCUCCUGAUCUUGAAAUUUAA